CCCUUCUUUCUUUUCCUUUUUUAUUUCCUGAUAAAAAUCAACAAUUCCAUCAUCAACCAAUCCAACGGUCCAAAACUCCCGACGACCAAAAACCCCAAGGAGAGAGGAAAUUCUAGACCCUUCCGAAACACGGACCCAAUCCCAACCGUCCACUGCCUCUGUGUCUAAUAGUGACCUGAUCUCUCUAUAAAUACCCAAACGGGCUGCUCAUCUCCCCUAGCUGCCCUUGACUCUUUAGGUAUCGUCCUCCUCGCAUCUCGUAAUACCAUACGGAGAGAGGAACAAGAUUCGUGAUUUCGAUUCGAUUUGGCGAUUAAGGUUAUUUCUUCCGAUCGAUUUAGUCGGCCAAGAUGUUUGGGAGGGCGCCGAAGAAGAGCGAUAACACUCGGUACUAUGAGAUUCUGGGAGUCUCGAAGAGUGCUUCUCCCGACGAUUUGAAGAAGGCGUACAAGAAGGCCGCCAUAAAAAACCACCCUGACAAGGGUGGAGAUCCUGAGAAAUUUAAAGAGUUGGCUCAGGCUUAUGAGGUUUUGAGUGACCCUGAGAAGCGUGAAAUCUAUGAUCAGUAUGGUGAGGAUGCACUCAAGGAGGGAAUGGGUGGCGGCGGCGGUGGAGGCCACGACCCGUUUGACAUCUUCUCAUCCUUCUUUGGGGGAAGCCCUUUUGGAGGUGGUGGUAGUAGCCGAGGACGAAGACAGAGACGUGGAGAAGAUGUUGUCCACGCACUGAAGGUUUCAUUGGAGGACCUCUAUCUUGGGACCUCGAAGAAACUAUCUUUGUCGCGAAAUGUGUUAUGCUCCAAGUGUAAUGGGAAGGGAUCAAAAUCUGGGGCUUCAUUGAAGUGUUCUGGCUGUCAAGGAAGUGGUAUGAAGGUCUCAAUCAGGCAUCUUGGCCCGUCAAUGAUUCAACAGAUGCAACAUGCUUGCAAUGAGUGUAAGGGUACUGGAGAGACCAUUAGUGACAGAGACCGCUGCACUCAGUGCAAAGGGGAGAAGGUUGUUCAAGAGAAGAAGGUUCUGGAAGUCCAUGUGGAGAAGGGUAUGCAGAAUGGCCAGAAGAUCACAUUCCCUGGUGAAGCAGAUGAAGCUCCGGAGACAGUCACUGGUGAUAUAGUGUUUGUCAUUCAGCAAAAAGAACAUCCGAAGUUCAAGAGAAAGGGCGAGGACCUUUUCGUUGAGCACACACUGUCUCUUACUGAGGCUCUAUGUGGCUUCCAGUUCGUGCUGACCCAUUUAGAUGGCAGGCAGCUGCUUAUCAAAUCAAACCCUGGCGAAGUUGUCAAGCCUGAUUCGUUCAAGGCGAUCAAUGAUGAGGGUAUGCCCAUGUACCAGAGGCCAUUCAUGAAGGGUAAGCUGUACAUCCACUUCAAUGUGGAAUUCCCAGAGUCUCUGAGCCCUGAGCAGGUCAAGGCAUUGGAAGCUGCUCUUCCAGGCAAGCCAUCGGCAUCUCAGCUCACUGAUAUGGAGGUGGAUGAGUGUGAGGAGACGACUCUGCAUGAUGUGAACAUGGAGGAGGAGAUGAGGAGGAAGCAGCAGCAGGCUCAGCAAGAGGCCUAUGAUGAGGAUGACGAUAUGCCUGGUGGUGCUCAGAGGGUGCAGUGCGCCCAGCAGUGAUAUGAUUGAUAUGCUAGUUUUCAACUUGUACUAGUUUUUCGCGUACUUGCAGAAGCGUAACAACAGAAUGACAAGGUGGGGGGAUGAGAGGAGGGAAGGGCUAUGGCACGGCGGUCUAGAAUUUUGGAACACUUAAUUAAAUGUUAUGUGAUGAUUUGAACAUCCUGUUAUUCUUCAACUUUCUUUUUAUAAAUGACCAUCAUAUCAUUCUUAUCUAAUCAA